AUGGCAGAGCAGAGUUCCGCAGUCCAACCUGAUCGACGUAGCCAGUCACCAACGUUCGAUCACAACUUUCAUGGUCCAAAUCCCAUCACAGGAUGGUGUUCACCACCACGAAUUGGAAACCACGUCAAAGGUAUCCGCACGCGCGCCUCAUUGGAUAAUACACCUGACCAAAGUGAGCCGAGGGGGGUGAUAACGGGAUCCGCGACUGCCAACCGACAAACUACUACAGACAAGGCAUCACAGCCCCCUAUGCAGGAAACCUUUCGUAUGUCCCUAUAUGAGCGUAAAAUUCAGAUCGAAAGCACUGGACAGAUGGCAGGGGACAAAGUGCGUUGUCAAUCGCAGUGCUCCAGUACAAUGGGUCGAAAACCAAGCCCACCGAGUCAGAGUACCAUUUGCGCGUCUUGGCAAAACCGGUUAUACGGAGUGGGUCAUCCAGAAGUUGAAACUGAUAUGAAAUGCCAAUGUUGGGGAAGACCAGCUGAAGCAAAGUUCCGGACAUUUUGCAACGGCUCAGAGGUUAUAUGUUUUGAGAUUCCACGACCCGAAACACAAUUCCGUCCGUGCACUGGUGCAGGCUUCCAGAGUUUUCCCUCUUUCCCAACCAACCGACAACAUAGUUCAACUCUACCAGAAUGUGUGCCACUGCAAGGAUACAAUGUUACGGACAAACGCUUUGAUACCUUCCUGAUGAAACCGUAUCUUUGCUCUAUGCCGACUAAGCCCUCCAAAGAGGCUGCUCUACCUCAUCCUUUUCACAGAACGGAUUCCGAACCAUCUAUUUGUAAUUUAAAAGCCAAACCCCCGAUUCCAUUUCGUUCUCAAAGUUUACCAAUGCGUGGUCCCGUUUGUUUUACCGAACCCAGAUGUCCAUACGCCGUGACGCAUAUAUACCAACCUCCUGUGGUUUCAGCAGGGAAUGAGACAGAACAAAAAGGAGAGCAAUGUGGCCACUAUGAAACCUUCUAUCACUACAACUCUGACUCAGAGGUAUAUUUUCCCCGGACUACGGGAGCUGGUAUGGUGCGUCGUUUCACCUGGGAAGGUAAUAAGAGCAUGAAAAUCAGUUCUUCAAGGGCACAACGAGAGCUUUUACGAAGUAUAUCACCAGAUCCACCGAAGAAAAACAAGCACAGUUCACGUGCAGUCGCAUCCCCUUCACGACUUCCCAAGAAAAAUUACGCAAGCGCACUGAGUCCACAGCCAAGAGGGGCACCCGAAACAUUUCCUGAUCAAAGCAGACCGGCCCAACCCAUCGUACGUGUCACAGACCAAGUACCCCCGCCAAGACCUGGCUUAUCACAUUCACGCACUGUGAGCAGCAAAACAAGCGAACGCCUGGCACGUCCAGUCCCACUCGGACUGCCGUCUGAUAGCGACAACACAUUAACAAAAAGCGAGCCUGCGACCAAACCAAUCUCGUGGGCGACGCAUUUACCUAACUUCCCUAAUACGGAUGUCCCUAGGUCUACACAUAGCCCAGCGCCGGAGUACAGUGAAAAACAAAGUAGUCUGCGGAAAUCUCCCAAAGCUGCCACAGCGGUACGCGCCAUAGAAACUAUUGGUAAAGCCGUCACUCGCGCACCACAUACAAAGGAAAGAAAACCACUUCCGGUUCUUUCCCAAGCUCCUGCCGAUUCCUCUGUAACAGCUUCUCGGAGCGAAUAUAUUGAGUUGCCUUUACAGGCCAUUGCAGCAGUUCUCAGCGCGCAGCCCUUGUAUCACUGGGGUUCACUGGUACUACCGCAUACUCACCGAGGCCCAAGAAUUCGUCUUCCACCAGAAGAGAUACGUGCCCAGCGCACUGAGAGCACUCAUAGCCACACAAAUGAAUUUUCAUCUCGGUCUCCGUCAACACUGACGAGCUCAACCCCCGAACCGAACCGAGACCCCCCAUCGAAAGAUAACAUCGACAAGUCCUUCACUCGCACGCCACCAAGUGCUGAACGCACACAGUCGAGCCCAGAGUCACCCGAUGCUCCACAAGAAGCGGAACUUCACUAUCUGCACGUUGAGCCAUCAAAACAGACGCCUAUAAUGAACACUCCCUUAAGCAUCACGACCCAUCCGAAGCAACUGCCAUACGCGUCACCACAGUUGUCAAUAAGUGAUAGUUCCAUGAUUGAUUGGGUACCAACAUCAACCGAUGAUAUCAGCGGCUCAUCAACUAACAUAUCCGCGAACAGUGAAGAAAAAUGGUCAAGCCAUACGGUACCUGUUACUUCGGUACGACCAAAGUCGAUUCAUUCGUCCACCGAGUCACAUCAACCAGCAUCACAAGUGAGCGGCUCUCGAGUUGUGCCGAUCGACAUGAAAAAACCAUCCACUUUACAUGAUGCGAUGGUAACUGAGCCACCUGAAGUCGAUCGUCUGUCCACGCCUGGGGACAACGCAUUCAGCUCAUCCAAAAGCACCUCACCAUACAGUGGAUCAAUACGACUGAGUCCCUUAUCAUCCACCACGCUAAGCGGAUCAGAAAUAGUCCAACAGCCGGUUACACUCCUCAAGUUAUCACCCUCAGGAGGCACUCCCCAAGACAGUUCGAUCCAAUUGAGACAGCAGCCAUACGCAUCGCCCCAGCGGUCAAAAGUGACAACCCCUGUGGUAGCCCAGGAGCCUAUACCAAUAGAGGACGCUGGUAGCUCUCACACUAAUCAUGAGAAUUUGUCAGAAAGUACCAUCAUAAGCAAAGAUGGCUCGCCUAGUCCUAAAGAGUCCGGCUUCUAUUCCCACUCUGAAGCGACAACGCCAUCAAACACUACACCCAUCCCCACCCCAUCUGCUGGUCGCAAUAAACGGUACUCGCCUCAUCACGUACCCACCUGCCGUUGGUCAGUUGAAGAAGAAGAGGCCUUGCCCUCUGGCUAUCCGGGGCUACCUUCAGCCGACCAACACCGAACAUACGGAACUAGUUUCCCGCUGCUGGCUAGCAUGGAAUCCAUUUCAAGGAAUAAAUCAAUAACCCGAAAAAUGGCUCCGACUGCUCCCGAAGUACCCAAAUUGACACCUAAUCACACCCCUCAGACAUUGCCUAAGCCCCCUAUUUCAGGACCAGCUACCUGUGUUUCCAGAUCAAGAUUAGUUGCAGGGAAGCUUCCGGCUUAUGGGAUAAUAGGUCCAAUAAAGGUACCUUCAUUGGUCACGGAAUCGCCAAUGAAAUUAUUAAGUGUUCAAUCACCACCUCUUUUGUCAGUGAAGGAAAGUAGCCCAUCAUCUUUCAGCCGAUCAAGUGCUAAAUUGAAGUUCGCAGAAGGAAUGCAGCCUCCCCUCACUAUUCUGGGCCGAAUCUCAUCAAGUCCACUGAAAGUAUCCGAAACCACAUUCUCGGGAAACAUGGUCUCUGUUGAGGACAACCUAAUCCAGAACGCCGAUACCCUCUCAUCAAGCAGCACAAGUCCACGCUCAAGUAGCCAGCCAACGUUUAAUACUUUUCUCUUACCUGCUCAUAAGGACAUAAUCACGACGGAACCUUCGCCAGAAUACGUGCAAGAAAAACUAACGGAGUUACAAUCAUUGGAAUCUACUCAUUCUUGGCCAUCCGAGACACCGUCAAGGACCCCAUCACUCAGACACAGUAAGGGUUCCGAACCCGAAGCAUCGUCCAGAAAAGAACCCGAAGAGAGGUUGGCUUCUACAAAAAAACCCACCGCUGACUUAGUCGGCACCAGCCUUCCUCAUAGCUUAAUUUCAACAUCGACACGAACUUUGACAAAGAAAACUGGGCCUUGUCAGUUGCUCAUUCAGCCUCUUGAAGAAGAAGAUGAGUCGUUUCUGAAUUAUCCCGGUGUUCCAUCUGUCGAUGCGCAUAGGUUGCAUGGAGCCAGUGCACUCGCCCACCCCGACUUAAUGGCACAAUCCGUAGAGACACACAAAGUGCGGGCGCUAAAACCACCCGAUGUGCAUGAGUCCCCAGGACCCGUGCGGAAGUCCAGAAGCGGUGACCACAGAAAAGUGAGUGGGGGAGGGAAGAUAAAUGAGAAAUCCACAGUAAAUUCCACUUCAGAUCGCAACAGAAACCGUCCUUUUCAAUCAACGCAUCACUCGAAAUUUAAUCGACCGGAAACUGAGUAUGGUGGCGUGCGUUCCGAAAGAAACGAAUCAUAUCAGCCAAUUACGAGUAAAUUGCCCCCGCUGGAAACAACAAAUGGAGCAGACCCCGUUCACGUCAGUCGGAAAUUGGAAUUUCGACAUUCAGAGGAAGAAAAACGACUCCUUCACACGAAAUCAAGGGAGCUUACACCCGUCGCGUCUACCGGAAAUAUCGCUGUAGAACCGACUUUCAUCAAUACACCAAAGGAACCAGCUAGAACAGUCGACUUGCUUCGGCUAACAUCGGAGACACAAGCAUCCAAACGUUCGUUGCUCAAGGAUACUUCUAAACAAGAGGGACCACAAAAGUUGCACCCACCUUUGCAUCAACUUCCAUCGCUAUCACUCACUGAACACUUGUCCGAUAGAGUGAGUGGGAACAUUGGAUCUUCCAAAGUAAACAAAAGAAGAGAACAGAGCCGCAGUGAAGGAGAUAAGCCAAAUCAAAGGGCGCGCUCUGGUACCACUGAAGGAGUGUCCUCGCUGAAGUCUAUGCAGCGUAGCUCUUCUUCGUCCAUGGACCGUCCGUCUUCUGACGCUGGACCUUCCGGAUACCCAGCUGGUUCAAUAAAGGAGAAGAUCGCACGUUGCUUUUCGUUUCGUCGAGAGCGCGCCCCCACAACUGGAAUCGCUGCUCAUGAGUUGUUUGCAACCACUAUAACUCACACUACUCCACGGUCGAGUGUUCGCAGCAGCCUCGGUGGAACUUCCAAAGCACUUUCCAUAUAUGACGCAACACAAAAACCUCUAAAUGCUGAUUCUGAAGAAUUGAAGAGAAGUGGUCGCCGUUCCUCAAAUUGGAAAUCUCUAGAGUUAACAUUACCGGAAAAAAACCGUUUGCGCCCUUCAGUCGUGCAAAAUACGGACUCCAUUCAUCGGAUGGUGAAAUCUAAACCAAACAUAAUCCACUCGAUUGCAUCGUCAGAGGUGGUUGAUGACAGCAACGAAUGGGUCUAUCGGGAAACAUCAGCACAAAAAUCGCUCGACACGGGCACUGAUGAAGACCUUUUAGUUUCGGAGACAUUGCGAUUGAGUAAAGCUUCAGUGGGCACCACUGCAUCCCAGUCUGCACCCCGCGUCCGCAGUUCACACACACUGAGGAAAUCCUCAAAGUUUGGAAAGGCCCAAUCAGUAACACGGGCUAUUCGAAAACGGUCAUUUGAUUCGAAUGAAUCGCAUGCGUCUAUUAUAGGGAGUAAGCGUACAGUAUCAGUUCGAUCUCCGACUUCCGUUUCAAUAAGAGUUUUGGAUUCAAACGCAACCGAUGAUUUGUUGUCGGAUAAGCUGUUGUUAACCGAUGCUGUAACAUCGGGUUCGGUACAGUCGUCCCCCGACUUCGUCCCCGAUUGGGAUGACAGUUUGCUGUCAAGCGAUCUGUCCGUUGAGCACGACUCAGUGAGGGUAAUCAAAAGAAGAUCGUACGGCCCUGGAUGGUGCGUCGACUUGGCCCGAAGACUAUUUCCGUCAAUGGAUGCAAUCACAAUUGGUGGAACUCGUAUCCAAUCCUCGUUGAACUCAGGUCAAACUCACGAGUUUCUAUCCGCAUCUCGUAGAUUCACUUUGGGUAUUCAAAAUGAGCUGGUUCCAUCCUCUUCGAUAUCUAUAGGAGUCCAAGGGAUCCAACCAAGACCAAUAGCUGAUCAUCCGUAUGAUACAGUGAACACAGAAGCGACAACUAACAUGCAAUUUGUUCGGGCCUAUUCUACUUCGACGUUGGAUGAGUUAACUGAACUGGAUUCUGGGCCGAGGCGUAGUGUUUCACACAAGGGCGAACUUAUUUCCCCAGUGACUUCAUUGCAAGCUUCUGUCAGGCCACGCUCGCAGAGGGAAUUCCGCUCAUCACUUGGAGAUGAAGUAUUUAAAUAUCCCCAACAAGAAUGUGGUAGAAAAUCCACUGUAGAACAUAUUGCUGGAUCGAUACAAACAAUAUAUUCGACUCAGAGGCAGUACACUCUCAGUGACAAUUACACGCUGCCCUUGUCAACCCCAAGUUCGAUCCAGCCUCUGGAGCAAAAUUUUCGAACGACAGCAUUGGGGCUCGCUCGAACAUCUGCGAGACAGCUUUGUUCUAGGAAGGUAGGUUCAAAUUUCUUAGAGCAGCAUAGGGUGACUCAAAACAAAGCACAACCAUCCUCAAUGGAAGGACGGCUCUCUCCAAAACCGAGAACCUCGUACAAUGAGGUUAUUUCAAAUGCUCAACACUUUGACAUCGUAGCAGAUCAAGCAUGCAGAGGCGAGUCUUUCGAUAAGACAGUGCCGCCAUUGUUUAAAGACGCUGCCGCAACCCAAACAAGUCAACCACCCUUGACGGAGGAGGAGCAGACGGGUGACACAUGCACAUGUGGCGCAUGCUGUGCCGAACUACAGCAAGAUGUAAUUAUCGUUACCUCCAAUCCAUGUUGCACCUGUGACUUGCCGAGAGGACAUGGAGCAUUUGCUUGCCCUGAACGCGCGCCCUCUACCUUGCGAUCACAAUAUCAUCCGUAUUGCCACCAUCAAGUGCCACAGUGGACUGUUGGGACUCCACUGGGUAGUGUUCAAACACCGCGUUCAGUGAAUGUUCCCUUGGUCACCACAGUUGUAAUUGAUGGCUCCGGGAUGUAUUGCCUGCACGAAACACCGGAUGAUGUGGUGUAUGACCGUUCAGGAAGCAAUACUGGUGCAGAAAUAGUACAAUCGCAUCCAACUGUGUCACCCAGCAUUCCGAAUGUAAAUCGAUACGAUAAAGUUGAUGAACUCCAAGUGGGUGACAUCGAAGCCAACUAUCUUCAAAGAGAAGCAGAGAAGACUACGGAUGCAGCGAAAAUGAAGGGUAUUCGCGAUAUACUUGGGAAGUAUGUUGGCCACAGGAGAACCAGCUCGGGGAACAGCGUAGAGGUUAGCGAAAGCUGGUGUGAAGGAGUAACACCUCUUGCGGAUAUUAAGAGGCUACAAAAAUGUGAUGGCAACUGUAGCAAUGUUUUUGACAAACGCACCUCCGCAGAAUUUUCUGGCUGGGUAUCCCAGGUGCCAAAUUUGCCUGCAAUCAACCAAUGCUCCAGUGCCGCGGUGAAUUGCGAUGUAUCCACGGUGUAUUAUUGCCAGCCAACCCCAUUCGAAAAGGAAGGGCUCGACGAGCAUACAGCUUCAUUGUCAGGUGCAGUAAAGAAAAGAAAUUGGAACAGGGACAUAUGCCAUUCCAGAUGCCACUCGAUACUGGACUAUUCCGUGGAAACAAUGAAUUCAUCACCUAGAUUGAAGCUGAGAACAUAUGUUCGACCUUGUGGAAUCAAAUCGCGAAAUUAUGCGGCAAUGCGAAGUCAACUGAGGCGUAGCGUAUCUAGGCUGGGCAAUUCUUCCGUGACUGGAUUUAGGCAGGGGGAAAGGUGCAUUGACACAGGGAUGAAGAUAUCUUCCGUUUUUCCACCUGUCACUCCAACCAAACUAAAAUGUACGCAAAUAUUGCUACAAGGGACAAAGGCCGGCAAUGUAUAUGAACGGUGUGUGACACCGAAUAAAACUGCAGAUCGACGUGCCUCGCGGAGACAGAAGUCGGUGACGAAUAAAUACGACGACGAGUUCCUCUGUUCGCGUGAAGACGCUUCUCGUCAAACAAUUCCUUUCUGUCGUAAUUUCAGUAACCCAGAUCCAUUAGUUAAAAGUGAUCGCCGUUGUUUUCAGCGACCAAAUGGUAACAACUUGUAUUUUGACAAACAGGCCGUUUUCGUUCGAGGUGAACGAAUAGACGUCAGUCCUACUGAAAAGUCGCCUUUGAUUUCGGUUAGAACUGAUCACUUCCAAGUCGAUGAUUCGUAUAGGUCAUUAGCGCCAUCGGAGGAGCCGAUGAAAUUGACACCAAGACACAAACAUUACAAUCCAUCCCGCCAUGGAACUGUUCAAGCGCAUGUGUCUAGCUCCAACAAGGUGACUCCGGAAGGUCGGAAAAUACUUCACACUAUUCGUGACACGAUUAGGUUGCUUAUGCAAGAUCUCAAUGCAUUGGAAAGAAAGAUGCUGAACCAAGACCUUCGACUGUGUGAGGCAAUAAGCGAACAUUUGGUGCUCAUCCCACAAAUGCUGACUGCUCUACUGGAUCACUUGCAUUACAGUCCAGCGGAGAAUGAAUUAAUUCGGUUGGCAUCAGUGAUGAAUACUCUCGUCACCGAAAUCGCACUGGAUCCAGUCAUGUUAUUGUUUCGCUUAAUUGAAUUGGGCUACAGGCUGAAUGAAUUGGCACAAAUUUUGGGGGAGGAUCUGAUCCCCAGCUAUCUGCCCAAAACGAUUCACGCAAUUCAAUCGAAGCUUCACCGGAUGAAGAUAGGCUAUGUGACAAGACAGUACUUCCACAUGCCACAAACGGGGGACCAUCUAGUCGCCUGCUACUCGAAGUCUCGACAGCUACUGCGGCUGGAAGAGGAUUGUUGCUGUGAGGUUAAUCUAAUUCACCCAGAGGACCCACGAGCCGUUUACUGCCCCCACGGUUUUCGAACAAUAGAAGUGGUGUACAACGAGGAUGGUGGGAAACCGGAGCUUUUCGAGCGCCGACUCAAUCACCUGAUCAAUCCGAAGCGACCGUCCCUUCGGCUUGUGGCCACAAUCGUUCGUCAGAUCAAUGGUCAGGAAUUAACUAUGCAACCGGAGGACGCCAAAGAAUUAUUAAGCUGCUCCGUGAGACCGCGAUACAGAGAUAUACGCGCAAUCAUCCUCUCGGCUGGAAAGCACGUAAAUUGA